AUGCCGGAGUUUCAUCAGUCGUUUUGGGACAACACACUGACGCUUAUGGAGCGCCAAAACAAGGUGACCAUGCGCAACACGGCUUUCAUAAAGGGCCGUGGUAUCAUGGUUAUUAUCAUGGGCCUAGUCAACGCUUCGACGUUUUGGAAUGUGGAACCGGCAAAUGUUCAAGUGCUGAUGGGUGUGCUUUUCCAAGCGGUACUGUUUCUGUCGCUGGGUCAGGCCUCUCAGAUACCGACGUUCAUGGCUGCUCGCGACAUCUUUUAUAAACAACGUGGCAACAACUUCUACCGGACAGUAUCGUACGUGCUUUCGUGCUCGGUUUCCCAGAUCCCGCUGGCGGUCGCCGAGACUGUUGUGUUCGGUCCGUUGGUAUAUUGGUUGUGUGGCUUCGUGUCAUCGGCAAGCGCAUUCAUCAUCUACCUGAUUAUGUUGGCUCUGACGGACCUAGCGUUUGCAGCGUGGUUCUUUUUUAUUGCGUCUAUCUCGCCGGACCUGCACGUAUCGAAACCAAUUGCUAUGAUCUCGGUUCUAUUUUUCGUGUUGUUUGCAGGCUUCAUCGUGGUGAAAAGCCAAAUGCCUGAUUGGCUGGUGUGGAUCUACUGGAUCGACCCGAUUGCAUGGUGUCUACGUGUUUUGGCUGUAAAUCAGUACCGCUCAUCGAUGUUUGAAGUUUGCGUGUAUGAUAGCGUGGACUACUGCUCAGAUUUUGGCAUGUACAUGGGCGAGUACUACUUAUCAUUGUACGCUGUGCCAUCUGCAAAGUCAUGGAUCAUCUAUGGCAUCAUCUUUAUGGUCGUGGCGUACGUGGUGUUCAUGUUCCUAUGCUGCCUAGUGCUGGAGUAUAAGCGAUACGAAAGUCCCCAGCACACGAUGUUGACCAAGAAGAUUGUAAGCGAGGACGAGGCUGGCAAUUACGCACUUGAAGCGACUCCAAAGAAAGGCAAGUUUCACAACGAUGGCCAGGCUUUUGCGGUUGAAGUGGAGGGGGAGCGUGAAAAGAAUUUCACGCCAGUGACGUUAGCGUUUCAGGACUUGUGGUACUCGGUGCCGAACCCGAAGAACCCGCAUGAAACGCUGUAUCUUUUGAAAGGUGUUAGCGGCUUUGCGAUGUCUGGUUCAGUGACGGCUUUGAUGGGCUCGUCAGGUGCUGGUAAGACGACGCUGAUGGACGUGAUUGCCGGCCGCAAGACGGGUGGCACAAUCAAGGGCAAGAUUCUGCUGAACGGCUACGAGGCGAACGAUCUGGCGAUCCGUCGUUGCACGGGUUACUGUGAGCAGAUGGACGUGCAUUCAGAGGCGUCAACGUUUCGCGAGGCUUUCACUUUCAGCGCGUUCCUCCGCCAAGACAGCAGCACACCUGACCGAAAAAAGUACGACUCGGUGGACGAGGUGUUGGAUUUGCUGGAUAUGCACGACAUUGCGGACCAAAUCAUCCGCGGCAGCUCGGUGGAGCAGAUGAAGCGUCUGACCAUUGGUGUGGAACUUGCUGCUCAGCCUAGCGUGAUUUUCUUGGAUGAGCCAACAAGCGGCCUGGGCGCUGGUUCGGCGAAGCUGAUAAUGGAUGGUGUUCGCAAGGUGGCGGACAGCGGCCGCACGAUCGUAUGCACGAUUCACCAGCCUUCGUCGGAGGUGUUUGACCUGUUUGACAACCUGCUUCUGCUGAAGCGCGGAGGAGAGACUGUGUUUGUUGGUGACCUUGGUGAGAAGAGUUGCAAGUUGGUGGAGUACUUAGAGGCGAUUCCUGGCACGCCUCCUCUUCCGAAAGGCUACAACCCGGCCACGUGGAUGCUGGAAGUAAUUGGUGCUGGUGUGGGCCACGAUACGGGCUUGACGGACUAUGCAGAUUAUUUUAAGAAGAGCGAAAAGAAGCGUAUUUUGGAUGCAUGUUUGGCACAGGAAGGUGUGACGAUCCCGUCGCCAGACUACCCGGAGAUGUUGUUUACGAGGAAACGUGCAGCGAGUUCGUGGACACAGGCUCGCUUCUUAUUGGGCCGCUUUAUGACUAUGUACUGGCGUACGCCUUCGUACAAUCUGACCCGUUUCGUUGUGACGUUUUUGCUGGCACUGGUAUUUGGUCUUCUGUUCUUGAACGGCGAUUACCUGACAUACCAGGGCAUCAAUGGGGGUGUGGGCAUGGUGUUUAUGACGACACUGUUCAACGGCCUCGUUUCGUUCAACAGUGUGUUGCCUAUUUCGUGCGAAGAGCGCGAGUCAUUUUACCGUGAACGUGCUGCUCAGACGUAUAAUGCGCUGUGGUAUUUCGUAGGCUCGACGUUGGUGGAGAUUCCAUACGUGUUCACGAGUGGCUUCAUCUUCACGUUCGUGUGGUUUUUCAUGGUGGGCUUCACUGGCUUCGGCACGGCGCUACUGUACUGGAUCAAUGUGUCGUUGAUGAUUCUGCUGCAGACGUACAUGGGCCAGUUUCUAGCGUAUGCGCUCCCGAGCGUGGAGGUGGCUGCCAUCAUUGGCGUGUUGAUGAAUUCGAUUUUCUAUUUGUUCAUGGGCUUUAAUCCUCCUGCAAACGCUAUUCCAAGCGGCUACAAGUGGUUGUUCACUAUCACACCGCUACGGUACCCGCUGGCAAUCCUGGGGUCAUUGGUCUUUGGUCAGUGCGAUGUAGACCCUACGUGGAAUGAGGUCACGAAGGCUUACGAGAACGUUAAUUCUCAACUCGGUUGCCAGCCGGUAACGGAUCUGCCACUGUCGAUCGCGCACACUACAGUGAAAGAGUAUGUGGGGUCUGUGUUUGGCAUGUCCUAUUCGGAUAUGUGGGCAUCCUUUGGGUACGUCAUUCUCUCAAUCGCUGGUAAUCAAAAGCUGAUGAUGAAGGUCUGUGCAAACAAGAAGAUUCUGACGACAGCCAAGGAUAAUUGCAACGCCUACGUGACGUUUGUAGAGGAGAAGAGUGUGGAUGCUGCAUUAAAGCUCAACGGAACGACACUUGUGCACAAGAAGAUCCGCGUAAACAGAUCCCAGCUUGUAAUUGAUGCACGCCGUAGUAUCUUCCUUGGCAAUGUUCCUUUCAAAUGUACUGAUGACCAAAUGGUGCAGUUCUUUGCAAAGCGUCUUUGGACUGAAGAAGAGCCGGAACCGAUUGAGAACGUUCGUCUCAUUCGCGACCGCGAGUCCGGUCUUGGCAAGGGAUUUGGGUACGUGUUGUUCAAGACUCAGGCUCUGGUUGCAAAGGCAUUGGCACUUCGUGAACUUAAGAUGGAGAAUCGUGAGCUUCGCGUGCAAGUGUGUGGCAAGCGCUUUAAGAACUUACGUGGGGACGAAUCUGCCAAGGAAAAGUUUGAGGGGCUUCGUUCGUCUGCUGGCGCUCUGGCACGCAUUCAACUGAAGCGUAAAACUGGAGCGAUAGAUCUUGACCGGGAUCUGAUGGCCAAGAAGAUAAAACGAACGGCUGCUGCAGCUGGACUGGGCAAGAAGUUUAAGCCCAAACACGUAGCACGAAAGGCAGCUAAAGCCGUCGCAGACGCUGACGCUGCCAUGAGCGGAAAGACUUCGAAGAAGCGGAAGCACGACCACGUUGACAGCAAAAAGGUGACGAAGACCAAGGUCAAAAAGGCCAAACAUGCCGCGCGCAAGGCUGCGUAA